AUGUAUUUCUCAUUUUUUUCCUUUUUUCUCUUUCUAUUUUCUGUCUGUAUUUACUUCCAUCUAUCUAUCUCUAUCUAUCUAUCACGGUCUAUUCAUAUCUAUCUAUCUAUCUAUCUAUCUAUCUAUCUAUCUAUCUAUCUAUCUAUCUAUCUCGGUCUGUUCAUAUCUAUCUAUCUAUCUAUUUUCUAUCUCUAUCUGUUCAUUCUAUCUAUGUAUCUAUCUCGGUCUGUUCAUUCUAUCUAUCUAUCUAUCUUGGUUUGUUCAUAUCUAUCUAUCUAUCUAUCUAUCUAUCUAUCUAUCUAUCAAAACGAGGGCGAUGAAACCCCUGAACAGACUUCUUUGCGUCUUUCACGGAUGGCCUCGAAAUUAGCUGCUCGCUUAUCUACGGAAAGCGCCGCUGCGCGAACUGAAAGGUUGGCUUCAGCGGCUUCAACCAUGUCCGCACGCCUCGCCAGGCUUUCAGUUGAAGAACGUUCACUUCAGAAUUACAGGACGCAGUCCGCGUGGCUGGUUUGA